AUGGAGCUGAAGGAGGUCACCUGUGAUCGCUCAGGAGUAAACAAUUUGGCCUUCCAGAACAACAGAGAAGGUAUGAAUGUUAUAAAUCUGAAAGAAACAAAAGAGGCAUCAGAAAUGGUGAUCAUGGGGAGUAGGAUAGACAAGCAUUUUGAAAAAGAGAAUCUGGAAACAUUUGGUUUAGUGGUACAGUCUUUUAGUCCAGAGGAUGAAUACAUCAACAUUCAGAGUGAUCUGCACGAAAACAAACGUGACUCAGUAGAUGAUGAGCAACCUUGCUUGAAAGGGCCUUUAGAAAAGAAAUAUGAUAAAGUCUGUGAAUUUUUCAAGAAAUAUAAAACCAGAAUUUACUAUGUCUUCUACGGAAUUUUAAUAACAGCAUACUUGGUGGUAGUUAUUGCAGCCUGCAGUUUGAAUUUUCAGAGAGCCUUGCCACUCUUUAUCAUCACAGCUCUAGUCAUCUUCUUCAUCUGCUGGGAUUUUUUAAUGGCUAAGUAUGAAGACAGAAUUGCUGUAUUCUUUUCCCCUGGAGAAAGUUAUGUGGAGAAACACUGGUUUUGGCUAAAAUGGGUGUUGUGGGCAGCUGUUAUUCUAGCUAUCAUCUUCUGGCUCAUCUUUGACACAGCAAAAUAUGGAUCCCAUCAGCUGAUCUCUUUUUUGGGGCUUAUGUUCUAUAUUUUCUUGAUGUUUGUCUUUUCCAAACAUCCAGCCAGAGUUGCUUGGAGACCAGUAUUUUCAGGAAUAGCAAUGCAGUUUAUUCUUGGGUUUCUUAUUCUGAGGACCAAAGUGGGAUUUGAUGCAUUUAACUGGCUAGGCAUUCAGAUCCAGACUUUUCUGGAAUACUCUGACACAGGUGCUAAGUUUGUGUUUGGUGACAAAUAUACAGAUCAUUUCUUUGCUUUCAAGGUCUUGCCACUUGUGGUUUUCUUCAGUACGGUAAUGUCUAUGCUUUACCACCUUGGAUUCAUGCAGUGGCUCACUGGAAAGGUUGGUUGGGUAAUGCAGAUUUUCAUGGGGACAACUCCUGUUGAGUCUCUGGUAGCUGCAGGUAACAUAUUUGUGGGACAGACAGAGUCUCCUCUCUUGGUGCGGCCCUACUUACCAUACAUCACCAAAUCUGAGCUCCACGCAGUCAUGACAUCAGGAUUUGCAACAAUUGCUGGAAGUGUCUUAGGAGCAUAUAUUUCUUUUGGGAUUUCUGCCUCACAUAUACUGACUGCUUCUGUCAUGUCAGCACCAGCAUCAUUAGCCAUAUCCAAACUAUUCUGGCCUGAAACUGAACAGCCUGCAGUAACUCUGACAAGUGGCCUACAAAUGGCAAAAAGUGACUCAAAGAACCUGCUAGAAGCAGCUAGUCAAGGUGCCUCUACCUCCAUCCAGCUGGUAGCAAACAUCGCUGUGAAUCUGAUCUCCUUCCUUUCCCUGCUGGCUUUUGUUGACUCAGCCCUCUCUUGGGUGGGCAACCUGUUUGACUAUCCACAACUGAGCUUUGAGACCAUUUGUGCAUAUGUCUUCAUGCCGUUCUCUUUCAUGAUGGGUGUAGACUGGGAAGACAGUUUUACUGUUGGUGGUCUACUAGGUUACAAAACUUUCUUCAAUGAAUUUUUGGCAUAUGAGCGCCUCUCAGAACUCAUUCACAACCGAGAAAAGGGUGGGAGCAUGUACAUUAAUGGUGUGAAACAGUAUAUGACUGUUCGCUCUGAAGUCAUUGCCACUUAUGCUCUUUGUGGAUUUGCCAACUUCGGCUCACUGGGACUGGUUGUAGGAGGCCUGACAAGUAUUGCUCCUUCAAAAAAAAAGGAGAUAGCUGGUGGUGCUUUCAGAGCAAUGAUUGCAGGAACUGUUUCCUGUUUCAUGACAGCCUGUGUUGCAGGAAUGUUGACUGGCUAUGGUCUGGAUGUUCCUUGCCACAUCUUACUAGGAAAUGCCUUCAACUCCACAGAUUUCCCUGCCAACAGCACACAGUUAGCUGAAUGUUGCCAGCAACUCUUCUCCAGUGUAAAUCAUUCACAAGAGAUCUUCUCUGGAGGAAACUACAGCCUGAGUGCCUGGAAAGGAUGUUGCCAAAUACUGCAUCAACCUGCUUUGCACUGCACUUGGAUGAAGCCUUAA